CGUCCCCUAUGAAAUACCAGCCAUGACCAUCACCGGAGAGUAUCGAGUUAGAGCCAAGGCAGAGACUACAAAACGCCUCCUUGCGCAAUUGGUGAAUGAAGGAUUAGUGAACCUCACGUUGUUUCCUGGCACGAAAUCCCCCGAGGAGCUAGACGGCCAGAUCACACCAGAACGUGACGAAUCCCGUUGUAUAAAAACAGAUGUCCUACAGGGAAAUGGGUCUAUCUGGCGACCAAAGGAUUUCAAAGUUCCUGUCACGCUCUGUGCUGAAGAUGUAGAAACCCAAGAAGACAACCCAGGUACGAUAUUCGAGUUUAUAUCAAUUGGAUUCGCGUGCAAUGUGGAAACAAGGGAAGCGAUUGCGCGCGAAUUGCGCAACUCUGCAGAUAUGCUAGAUAUGUUGAAUCCGGGGCUGUCCUUCGUGAUACUUCCUCGCUCUUCAGCCCGCGUUUUUGGCCCCUUCGAAGACCUUGUGCGGCCUCUUGGGGAACUCCUAAAAGUCGACCUCUCAACGACAGAGGAUAAAAUCAUCGUACCGUGUCUAUCGCAGCAUCUACCGUCGUUGCAGAAUUUCUUCCCUGAGGCGGAGAUUGUGGCGUCAGUUCCUCACUGUGCACAGGCUCAAGCGUCUAUCCGAUCGGUGUCUGUCCCCGGCUACGGAUUCGACAUCAAAUUUUCUCUGGCAUGUCUAAUCACGUCAGCGCUCCGGGUUCUUCCAUGCUGGUCUGCCGCUGCAGCCCCAAGCAUCACGUCUGUUCUCAAGAGGCUGUUCCCGCCAGACCUCUGGGUAUUCGGUGAAGUGGCCGCCAUCACGGGUAGCCAGGAAAAUGCGAGCGAGGCGCGCCAUUUAACCUGCAUCUUACGGGAGAACAUGGAAGCCAAGGCUAACAACAGGGAUGAGACUCUGAUUCUUGCUUCCGCGUUGAUGGAAAAGCCAUUCGGCAGGGGUAUAACGUAUGCCGAGAUACUUUUUGAUUUAACGACGGUGGAGCAGAAAUUGAAAUGGUUUCAGAGCCCCUAUGGGGAACUUCCACCGGUUUCACGACGAUUGAAUCCAUUCCCGGCUCUACUCCCACGGCGGUUCCCAGAUGAUAUACAGGUGUUCCAGGAAGCCCUGACCAUUGCACUUAACAACAUUGUUGAGAGGUGGUGGAAAGACGAGGAGGCUAACUUUCCCAGUCGAAUGCCCCUUGAGCCUCAAGCAGAAGAUCUUCUUCAGGGAAACUUGAGACCUGAUAUCUUGAUACCCGCACAAGCGGAGGGCAACGGCCCCGAAUUCCGUGUAUGUGAAAUUAAUGGCCGGUUUCCCAUCAGUUUCAUCAGCCAUGUUGCAUGUGUCUACGAGGCUCUGGCUGGCUGCCUCAAAGACAAUCCGGUAUUUGAGCCUGCUACGAGGUACGAGAAAGUACAAGAGAGCUUAUUAGCGCUCUUCGAUCCCAAUCUGCCCAUACACUUUGUAUCAGAGGGCAAGGAAUUUCCGCGGACGAGCCCCUUAUUCGGCCUGAUUGAAAAGCGAACGGGGAUGAGACCAAGACAGGUCAAAUCGAAGGACUUGCGUCUUAUACCCAGCAAAGCCAGUCGCACUGGCUUUAUUUUAUGCUGUGUCUGGGGCGCCGACCCAGACGUCAGCCAAACGUCAGACAUGCGUCAAGUAAUAAAAGUGAAUGGGGAAGCUCUAGAAGAAGUGCACCAAAUCGGACUCCAACUCUUCGACUAUGAGUUAUUUUCUCUCCCGUUGGAAAUGGUUCGCCAUAUCGGACUAUGUUGUGUCAACGAUCCUCGCAGUGUGUUCAUCGCUCACGACAAACGAAUCUUAGGCAUAAUUCUUCAGGAGCUCGAUGCACUGCUGAACAAACACAAGGUGCUUUCCCCAGCGCAAGCUCAAAUCAUCAGGGAAAGGAUCAUACCGACGAUUCUUCCGGGGUCAUCAGAAUUCAAAACCCUUCUCGAAGACUCCCAGAAGGAUCUCCAGACAAAGAACGGAUACAUCCUCAAACCUGUUCGUGAUGCCCGUGGGAACGGCAUUCUUCUCGGAAAGAACAUAUCUGUUCAUGAAUGGGAAACGAUACUUGCAUCCCUUGAUAGUCAGGCCGCUAAGGUCAGCGUUCCACAAUUGGAUAGCCUAGUCUAG